GCUGGAAAGAGGGGAAAGCAAACAAUUUUCAGGCCCGCCGCGUCCAGCAAAAAAUAUGAGAAAAAAAUUAUUAAAAAUUCGGAAAAUAGUUGAAAGUCAAGAAAAAGACCGUAGAAAGGAUGUUAAGGCUCCCGCGAUUCUCAACCAUGGGAAGUAUUAUGGUCUUGUCAUCUUCAAGUAUAUUUAGAUGAGCACAUCAAAGAAGAGUGACUUUUUCUUCCAUCAGGUCUCUCUGUGCUCACAGUGUUGAUCACAUGAAACUGGAGAGUGUUCCCAAAGCACAAACAUUUACGAUAUCUGGGCAGAACAUAAUUGUCCAACUUGUAGGCCUGCCUUAGGCUGCAAUGGCCACGGUAAUACCUGGGGAUUUAGAAGAAGUUAAGGAUACCCAGAGGGUCCUGUCAGCAACAGGGAAGCGUAAGAGAAGUGAAGGCAAGCCCAGGAAAAAUUUCCCCUGCCAGCUGUGUGAGAAGGCCUUUAACAGUGUUGAGAAAUUGAAGGUCCACUCUUACUCACACACCGGCGAGCGCCCGUACCGGUGUACACACCAAGACUGCAGCAAGGCCUUUGUUUCUAAAUACAAGCUGCUAAGGCAUAUGGCUACUCAUUCUCCAGAGAAAACCCACAAGUGUAAUUAUUGUGAGAAAAUGUUCCAUCGCAAGGACCACCUAAAGAAUCACCUUCACACACAUGAUCCAAACAAAGAGGCGUUCACCUGUGAAGAAUGCGGCAAGAACUACAACACAAAGCUGGGCUUCAAGCGCCACCUGGCCUUACACGCUGCCAACAAUGGCGACCUCACCUGCAAGGUCUGCCAGCAGACGUUUGCCAGCACUGGCGUGCUACUGGAGCACCUGAAGACUCACGCUGGGAAGUCUUCAGGUGGGACCAAAGAGAAGAAGCACCAGUGCGAGCACUGCGACCGCCGCUUCUACACCCGCAAGGACGUUCGAAGGCACAUGGUCGUGCACACUGGGAGGAAGGACUUCCUCUGCCAGUACUGCGCACAGAGGUUUGGCCGCAAGGACCAUCUCACCCGACACAUGAAGAAAAGCCACACGCAAGAACUACUAAAAGUCAAAACGGAGCCCAUGGAUCUUUUGGACCCGUUCUCCUGUAACAUAACUGUGCCAGUCAAAGACGAAUUGCAUUCGAUGAUGUCAAUAUCUUCCAGUGAGCUUGCCUCCAAGCCAUUUGCCAAUACUUUGCAGCUGAACAUCUUCAACACCCAGAUCCAGUCCAUGCAGAGCAGUGGACCUACACACCAAAUGGUCUCCACGACCCUGCCUUUAGGGAUGACCUGUCCCCUAGACAUGGACUCGACUGUCCACCCCUCCCACCAAUUCUCUUUAAAAUACCAGCUUGGUUCUACCUCGUAUGCUCUUUCCAUGCCGGAAAAAGAACAGCCAUUAAAGGGAGAAAUAGAAAGCUAUCUAAUGGAACUACAAAGCAAUAUGCCGUCCUCAUCAGAGGACACACCGAUCACUGCUUCAAAACUAGAUUUAGAGCCCCAAGUAGGUCUUGACGAGACGUCGGAGGAUGUCUCUCUCCCAAAAAUCUCGGGCGUUGCCUCGGCCAGUGAAUCCCUUCACUCCUCCUCCUUAGACUUCUCCCAGCUGUUUAACUUCCUCCCUUUGAAUGGGCCCCCAUACAGCCAGUCUGUUCCAGGGGGAGGCCUCGGAAUCGGCUACGCCCAAGAGGAAGCACUCUCUCUCCCUCAGCUCCCUCCACAGUCCCAGGAGCCCCAGGACCCAGGAAGUGGGGUGUGUGUCAGCCCCCUCCACGGGCUGUCCUCAUCGUUCGCAUCCAACCUAAACUCCACGACCACCCUGCCUCGCUUUCAUCAAGCUUUUCAGUAACAGUCUGAGGCUCUGCCACAAAAUGUAUGUAUCUGCCAAAUUUUUUGAAGCCAGUAACAUAUUCCGUCUACACAAAUGUACAUCACACAUAUUACGUAUAUGUAUGUGUAUUCACAUAUAUAUACAGAAACAUACCUAUUUAUAUUUAAAUGUCUGUAAACAUAUAUUGAUAUUUGGAUAUCUAUGUCAAUAUAUAUCUAAAUAUGUAUUGAUACAUAUAGGGAUAAAUUGUUCAAAACUAACAGGAGUGUGGUUUGGCUCUACCACAUAACACAACCCAUAGAUAUUGUUUAAUAUUUUCCUUUCAGUUCAGUAUUAAAUUUAAUAAUCAUUUGCGGCCACCACGAUCACUUUCAUAAAAAGGACACACCUGUUAAGAUAUGACUCCUACAAUCAAAUUUAUUUUUUUUUGUUAAAUAGGAUUUUGGAUUUGGAGAGGUAUGUUUAAAUAGUUAUAUUUAGGAAUGCGGUUGCAGUGAUAUUUUAGCACAGCUCAACCUCCCUACCUUAUAGCAGUUUGUUUAGUAUGUAGAUUUUUUAAAACAAUGUUUUCAGAUAGCACUUUGAACUUGUAGUGGAUCUCUAAAUCCCAUUACAUCUGUUGAUUUUAAAUGUUGUAGGUAAAAGAUAAGCUUUUAAAAACCAUGAGGUACUGAAAAGAGUAAGCCCCAUGUGAUGUUAACAUUUGCUAGGCCUCUUCAAAACCAAAACCAACCAAAAAAUGUAUUUAAGAGCCAAGUAGAAUGUUCUGUUUUGUCUGAUUUGUUUUAUUUGAUGCUGCUGCUCCAUACCCUCUCAAACACUUAAAAUACGACACUAAGUAAAGAUAUUGUUGCUCUGCUUACUUUCAAUACGUAUAAAGGGACUAGACAUAACUUUAAAAAGUAAAAAAAGGCAAAAACUCUCGUUUUACAGCACUGCAAGUACAAGUAGUGUUUUUUGGGUGGACCAUCUAUAUUCAACAGGGAAUUAGUCACGACUGAGCUCUUAAGCAUGGGGGAAUUUCCCUUUGAUCAUUGAAUCAGGUGUGCUGCAGAUUUUGCCAUUGGAAUUUAAGGAAGUAACCUGUAUUGAAGUCAGGACGGCUGCCAUUUAUCAAUAUAUACCAGUGUAUUCACGUAUUCAGUGUGAAGAAGGUAGGCCCAUCCCCUUGCAGGAAACCAUAAUAUUUUGCUAGUCCGAUAUGUUUUCGAAAUAAGCGGUUGUUGGCAAAUAUCUGGACUCUAUAAAUCAUGUUUGUGUAUGCAUUUUUUUUGUGAGCGUGUAUAUGUUAAUUUACAUCUUUGUUUGUUUUUAGCUGAAGGUUUUAAAUGUGCAGUGGAGUUGUGAUUUAUCCCACUUAAACAUUUUUCUGGGAGAAUGUGCAGGAGGUUGCAAAAAUGUGGUUUGGCCUGUCUACAGCUAUUAUUUUACUCUGUAUUAGUUCUUACCUGUGUGAGUGUUUGUGUGAAUGAAGGAAAUUUGUGCUUGCAUAUGCAUAAAUGGUGAUGAUGAAGUUGGCUUAUUGUUAUAAUGUAUGUCUAUAAAGUGUGAUGUUUGGGUAAGAUAAUUAUCGCAGCUAUGAGAAGUGGCAGUCCUUAGAUUUUGUCACUUGACUACUGCAGUAAGAGAGGGAGAUGUCACGGCAUUAACUCAUAAAUAGUUUAAUUAUUGAAUUACUGGAAUGAAAUGAAUGUUGUGAUAUGGCUAAAAUAAGGCGAUCUACUGUGAAAACACCAUGCCGUUAUUGUUUACCUGAUCUUACGCUGGCAAAACACCAUUUUACGUAUAUAAGGCUGUAGAGGGA